UUCUCUCCAUUUCCUCCGUUAAACACCCAAAUCUCACUUCCUCGCUCCUUAUUCCUCCCCCCGCAGCCCACAUAGCAGUCAGUCAACAUGGCCACAACACCAUCUAUGGACGAUUACCGGGAGCGUAUCAAGGCUCGCGAAGAACACGUUAGGGAAUCAUGGAUCAAGGCUAUGGAGGCUCGUAUUGUCCGAGACGAGCUCCAAAAGUGCUACCGAGGAGAGGGUGUUAAUCAGUUGCAAAACUGCAAGGUGUUGGCGGAGAAGUACGCAGCGAUGAUCAGGGAUAACAAGGUGAAGGGCUACAAGCAGGUUGAUCCUGAUAUGUAGAAAGAGAGAUAGAGACGGAUACAUGUAUAUUUACAUUCGGGAAUUCGA